AUGAAGGUGUUCUUGUUGAGUGUUCUUGCGACGCUCUCCCACGGCCGAGCCGAGCCUCCUGCGGGCCCGCAGUACCUGCCGCCCCCAGCCACUGGCGGAGGUGGACAGCCGAGCUCUCACGGACCAGGCCAUGGAGCCAGUGGCUUCGGGUACGGCGGUGCUCUUCCCAGCGCGUACGGAACACCAGCGUGGGCAAACAGUGACCCAAGUGGUGGCCGAAACGGUUUCAGCUGGAGCCCCUCGAGUACUUACAGUGUUCCGGGGGCUGGUGUAGGUGGGCCGAACGUCUUUGGAAAUAAGCGUAAUGGUGGCUUACCUCACGGCAUUAAUGAUGUCCCAAGUGGAGGUGGCAAUGGACUAGGAAGCGGCCAAACUCAGGCCUCGCCACCCAGCACCUACGGAGCACCAAGCAACUCUGGCAAUGGGUUCGGUAACGGUGGAGCGCCUUCAAGCAAGUACGCAGCCCCGAUUGUUGGUGGCAACGGAUUUGGGAUCGAGAAAAAUGGAGGUUUACCAUCCAGUGUCUAUGGGACACCGAAUGAAGGUAGCGAUGGAUUUGGAAGCAGCACUUACGGAGCACCAAGCAACUCUGGCAAUGGGUUCGGGAACGGCGGAGCGCCUUCAAGCUCAUACCUAGCUCCAAGUGGUGUCGGAAGCGUCAGCAGUACAGGCCCAGUAUUCGACGGGGCGGUUCCUUCUCCCGCAAGCACCUAUGGAGUCCCAAGCAGCGCUGGCGUUAAUGGUUUCGGCAGUGGAAUAAAUGCCGGUGGCUCUGGUAACGGAUUCAGCAGUUCUACGUUAAGUGUUUACGGUGCCCCAGGAUCAAAUGGUGAGAUAGCUGUCAGUGGAGUACACCCCAGCGAAGGUCUUUCUGCGGCAGUGGAUGGACGCAAUGCGGGAGGCUACACCAAUGGAGGAGCAGACGAUGAGUCAUCCCCGGCCGACUACCAGUUCUCGUACGGAGUGCAGGACGCCGAGUCGGGCAGCGAGUUCGGCCACCUGGAGAGCAGGCAGGGGGACGCCGCCUGGGGCUCGUACAACGUGCUGCUGCCCGACGGCCGCAAGCAGAUCGUGGAGUACGAGGCCGACCAGGCGGGCUUCCGCCCCAUGAUCCGCUACGAGGAGCCCCUGGCCGGCUACCCAACAGCUAACAGCAAUGGCCCGUACCCUUCAGGCAGCCUCGGAGCUAACGGCAAUGGAAAGUACCCUUCAACAAGCUUAGGAACCAGCGGAAAUGGCCCUUACUCUUCGGGCAGCCUAGGUGUCAGCGGCAAUGGCGGGUACACUUCAGGCAGCCUGGGAGCCAGAAGCAAUGGCGGGUACACUUCAGGUGGCCUGGCAGCUAACAGCAAUGGCCCGUACCCUUCAGGCAGACUGGGAGCUAACGGCAAUGGAAAGUACCCUUCAACAAGCCUAGGAACCAGCGCAAAUGGCCCGUACUCUUCAGGCAGCCUGGGAGCCAGAAGCAAUGGCGGGUACCCUUCAGGUGGCCUGGUAGCAAACAGCAAUGGCCCGUACCCUUCAGGCAGCCUCGGAGCUAACGGCAAUGGAAAUUAUGCUUCAGGCAGCAUAGGAGUCAGCGGCAAUGGCGGGUACUCUUCAGGCAGCCUGGCAGCUAACAGCAAUGGCCCGUACCCUUCAGGCAGCCUGGGAGCUAACGGCAAUGGCCCGUACCCUUCAGGCAGCCUGGGAGCUAACGGCAAUGGAAAGUACCCUUCAGGCAGCCUGGGAGCCAGCAGCAAUGGCGGGUACCAUUCAGGUGGCCUGGUAGCAAACAGCAAUGGCCCGUACCCUUCAGGCAGCCUCGGAGCUAACGGCAAUGGAAAUUAUGCUUCAGGCAGCAUAGGAGUCAGCGGCAAUGGCGGGUACUCUUCAGGCAGCCUGGCAGCUAACAGCAAUGGCCCAUACCCUUCAGGCAGCCUGGGAGCUAACGGCAAUGGAAAGUACCCUUCAGGCAGCCUGGGAGCCAGCAGCAAUGGCGGGUACCCUUCAGGUAGCCUGGUAGUUAACAGCAAUGGCCCGUACCCUUCAGGCAGCCUCGGACUUAACGGCAAUGGAAAUUAUGCUUCAGGCAGCGUAGGAGUCAACGGCAAUGGCGGGUACUCUUCAGGCAGCCUCGCAGCUAACAGCAAUGGCCCGUACCCUUCAGGCAGCCUCGGACUUAACGGCAAUGGAAAUUAUGCUUCAGGCAGCGUAGGAGUCAACGGCAAUGGCGGGUACUCUUCAGGCAGCCUCGCAGCUAACAGCAAUGGCCCGUACCCUUCAGGCAGCCUCGGAGCUAACGGAAAUGGAAAGUACCCUUCAGCAAGCCUGGGAGUCAGCGGCAAUGGCGCGUACCCUUCAGGUAGCCUAGUUGUUAACGGCAAUGAGGGAUACCCAUCAGGCGGCCCAGAAGACAACGGCAACGUCAGGGUUUGCAGCCUGGUAGGUGGCGACAGAUUGCCUGGGUUUUUCAGGGUGUGCAGCCUGGUAGGUGGCGACAGCUUGCCUGUGUUUUUCAGGGUGUGCAGCUUGUCAGUUAUCCUCAUGGUCGCCGGCGUGGUGGUCUCUGUGGCCUCCCAGAACAGCUACCUGCCGCCGAACAGGGACGGUGGCGGUGGCGGUGGGGGCGGUGGGGGCGGUGUGGGUGGUAGCUACCUGCCCCCGAGCAGUGACGUCGGAGGAAACGGCGGUGGUGGUGCCGGCGGCGGGAGCCAGCUGCCCCCGAGCAGAGAUGUGGGCGCUGGGGGCGGCGGUGGAAACGGCGGCGGCGGUGGAAACGGAGGCAGCAGAAGCUACCUGCCGCCGAACGGCGGCGGGGGCGGUGGAGGUUACCCUAAAGGAAACGGUGGCGGCGGCGGAGGCGGAGGCGGCGGCGGCGGCUACGGGGCGCAAGCAGAUGAGAACAACGGCCCGGCGAAGUACGAGUUCUCGUACGAGGUGAAGGACCCGCCGUCGGGCAACGACUUCGGCCACAUGGAGAUGCGCGACGGAGACGUCGCCAAGGGCUCGUACCACGUGAUGCUGCCCGACGGCCGCAACGAGGUCGUCAACUACAUCGCGGACCAGGGAGGGUACCAGCCCCAGGUCAUGUUCCAGGGCGAGGCCAAGUACGGGCCGCCCGCCGGUGGGCCGCUAGCCGGCGGGCCGCUGGCCGACACCGGGGCGGGCGGGUACAGAUACUAG